AUGAAUGGAACCUCGAAGUCCUUCAAUGCAGCUCCCUUGGAGGACGAUGGAGCCCUGGAUUUGGCGCUCAUGGUUACGGAGCAUCCGGCUGUGAAGUCGUCUGGUGCUGCUAUGCUGGAGAGCAUGCGACAUGUGAACGACCUGAUCCAGAGAUGCGGACCCUGGGUAACUUCGGGCGACUUCCCUGCGGAGAGGACGAUCGAAGCAAACAAAGAGGUUCUCACAGCGCUGACGAAGGUCCAGAACGACAUGCAAAAGCUGGAUGACAUCGAUCUCGAUGCCCUCAAGCCUGCGUGGGGCGAUCGGGACUCCGUCCGCAUGGCCAGGAAGAGCUUGAUUGGCUGCGCGCAGGAGAUCAUGAAGCGUCUGGAGUCUCUGAAGGCAUGCUUGGCCUCACCCAUUUCGAAGUUCUCUUCUAUGCGAAGCAGUCCGCGGCAAGAGACGACCUUCUAUGGCUGGGGCUUGGAAGGUGCCGACCCAGUGGAGCCCAAGGAGAAGGAGAAGCCACCAGGAGGCGACGAAGAGCCACCGAAGGAGCGGAGCCGCAGCCCGCGGGAUGAUGUGGCGAGAGGGGCUGCAGGGGAGCAUCAAGCCGACUCCAGCGAAAACUCGGAGGAAAGGAAGCACAAUCGGGACACUCCGCACUUUCACUGGACGCGUGGCCAAAAGUUGGGAACUGGUAACUACAUCGUCCGGAAGCAGGCGCCGACCGUGUUUGCAUAA